CCAAACGCAAAGUCGGAGCAGACGGAAUCGAACCAAGGUGAAAGCUCAGAGCGAAUCGACAAUGGCGGCAACCGUCUCAUCUCCAUGGGGCAAGCCUGGUGCCUGGGCGCUCGACGCUGAAGAACACGAAGCCGAACUCCAACAGCAGAAGGACCAGCCAAACUCCGCCCUUCCCACCAAGCAGCUCACGGAUUUCCCCUCCCUCUCCGCUGCUGCCGCCACCAAGACUAAGAAGAAGAAGGGCCAGACCCUCACCCUCGCCGAAUUUAACACCCAUGGCGCCGAUAAGUCCAGCCAGCCAAGUCGCCUUACGCAUGAUGAAAUCCUUACGCUCCCCACCGGCCCUCGCCAGCGAUCUUCUGAGGAGCUUGACCGUAACCGGCUCGGUGGUGGCUUCAAAUCUUAUGGCUCCAAUAGGUACAAUUCUAAUGGUGACGAUUCAUCUAAUAGGGAUAAUAAUAGAUGGGGAUCAUCUAGGGUUUCAAAUAGAGAAUCGAACAGAGAACUGCCACCGUCACGCGCUGACGAGAUCGAUAACUGGGCUUCGGCUAAGAAGUCAAACGGGAAUGGAAAUGGAUUUGGGGGUGGAUUCGACAGGAGAGAGAGGGGAGAAAGAGGAGGAUUUUUUGAUUCCCAAUCGAAAGCAGAUGAAGAUGACAACUGGGUAUUAAACAAGAGUAAUAACAAUGGCACAGAGCCUCCUAGGAGGUUCGUUGGUGGGUUCGAAAGGAGAAACAGUUUUGAUUCCCUGCAGUCGAGGGACUCUCCAAGAGAUUCAGAUAAUUGGGGUAAGAAGAAAGAGGAAAGUGGAAGUGGUGGUGUGAGGCCAAGGAUUUUCCUGCAGCCACGGACUGUGCCUUUGAAUGAGGAAGGAAAGAGGGAGUCACCGGCGGCUAAGCCAAAGGGGUCCAAUCCCUUUGGGGAAGCAAGGCCAAGGGAGGAGGUAUUGGCGGAGAAAGGGAAAGAUUGGAAGGAGAUUGAUGAGAAGCUUGAGGCUGUAAAGCAUAAGGAGGUGGUUUCAGGGGCUGAGAGAGGGGACAGAGGGAGGAGCAGUUUUGGUCUCGGGAAUGGGCGAGCCUCUGCAGAGAGGAGCUGGAGAAAGAACGAAUCUGCUGCUGCUAAGCCCCAGAGUGAGGAGAAGACUGACAAUGGAAAUGCUGCAGAGAAUUGAAGAUAGAGAUUGGCAAUUGCAAAGCUUAGGUCAAGGGGAAGAGAAGGCAAAAUGAUUUAGAUUAUCAAAGUUUUUAUGUGCUUGAUAGAAGAUAUUUUUAUUUAUCUUUUGUUGUGACCUUUUUGGCUGUCAGAUGCAGUAUUUAAACAAUUUUGUUAGGACUCGAGUUAGUUGAACUGUCUUGACCAUCAAGGUUUGUUUGCAGGGAGUUAUUAGAUUUCUUAUUUAUGAAAUUUUGUUUUAAGUAGGGAGAACAUGAUUGUGGAUUACUAUUGUUUUGACAUGUUGACGGAAUAAAUCAAUGGUUUGAGC